CAACGUAAGACAUAUCAUAAACUUGUUUACUAUUAUUCUAAUAUUUAGAAUUGAAAUAACAGAGGGCGUAUAUAAAAAUGCGAGGAAGGCCAUAUUAAUUAUAUGUGCAUCCUGGGUAAUCUCUCUCUCUCUUUUUUAAUAAAAGAGGCAGACAUACUUAGGAGUCAGUGCCAUCGUAACGCAUUUAGAUCCUCUCAGGUGAUGGGCAUUGAUCUCGGACAAUUUAUUAACGUCAAAAGCCGGAAGUUACAACAUAAGUCUUUAAAAAAAAUGGACGUUAAAGAUGAUUUAACAAAAUCGUCCAGCGAAUCAUAUCGUGUUGGCUCGCCGCACCGAGAACUGCACUAGUUUUAUUCUCGUUAAUGCUGCUCAAGUUUUUGCAACUGCAUCCGGACACGAGUUCAAUGCCAUAUAUCAGGAUCACAAGCUCGCAUCUUUAGUAGCUAUGGCCUCACUGCAACGCGUGUCUGUUUAAGAGACAAAGAAAAGCACCGGAGCGGGCAGCAUUUCCGCCAGUGGGUUGCUGGAUGGUACUGCCAUUUUGUACAGGCGCUUUAUCAUCAACAUGCGAUGCUGAGAGCAGAUGUGUGGAUUUAGCAUCACGUCCGCCCGACUCUCGUCUCCAGAAUAACUGGCGAGCCGAUCCCUUUCGGUUUCUGUUCAGUGGAACCCGGGAGGCUCGGCUUUCCGGCCGCGGCGAACUGUUCCUCCCCCGUCUGUAUUUAAGUUUCGGCUGCCAAGACGCGCGGCACGACGUUUCUCCCUUCGCUGCUUAUCUAUAAUGUCUUCUGUGGAUGACUUGGCGACUGAAUAUGACUCGACCUGGGAGACGGAAGGCGAGCAGGAUGAAGACGACAGCGGAGGCGAGAUCGUCAAUUGUUGGAGGCCCACAAGAAAUGAACGUGCUGCAAGAGACAUGCAGAAUUAUCGCCAUGGAUACCCAACUCAAAAAGAUGAUGAGGAUGAUGAAAAUGUUGGAGAUCCAAUGAAUUUGCUGUUUUACCAAAAUAAAGUUCCUUGUAAGCCAGAUGAUGUUCUGAUAGAAGACAUUCAUAAGAACUGGAGGAAAAACUACAGGAAACUAGAAUCAAAUCACUGCUAUAUCCAGUGGCUUUUUCCUUUACGAGAACCUGGAAUGAAUUACAUGGCACAUGAAUUGUCGAAAAAGGAAAUUAAGGAGUUUAAACAGUGUGAAGAAGCAAAGAAAAGAUUACUUGCAUCAUAUAAAAUGAUGUUAGGCUUCUAUGGUAUAAAGCUGGAAGAUGAAAAAGCAGGAGAUGUGUGCAGAGCCGAGAACUGGGAAGAAAGAUUUACCAACUUAGACCGAAAUCCCCACAAUAACCUAAGAAUAUCCCGCAUACUGAAAUGUCUUGGAGAGUUGGGCUUUGAACACUAUCAAGUGCCACUAGUGAAGUUUUUCUUAAAAGAAGUCUUAGUUUCCAAGCAACUGAGAAAUAUGAAGAACAGUGUCUUAGACUAUUUUAUAUUUUCUGUUAGAGAUAGGUCCGCCAGAAGGGGACUGAUUGAAUUUGCCUACCAGUACUUUGAACCCAAGGAUCAAUUUGUUUGGUGUCCCCGUAAAAUUCAGAAGAGACUUAAAGAAGAUCUUCGAAAGAAAAAAGAACAUGGUAGUGAUGGUACGUACUCUGCACGAACUAGCAACUUGAAGGGAGCACAACAGUCUGAAUCACAUGUUGAAGAAGCUAUUGGAUCGUCAAUUGACAGUAAUCCAUCUGAAGAACCUGAGAGUCAAGUUAAAUUAAAAUGUGAAAAAGAAUCAAGAAAUAUGAUCUUAGCUAAUAAAGAUACACCUUCUGAAAACUGCAAAGAAGAAGAAUGUAAAAAUAAUGGAUUAUUGCCAAAUGGCUGUGAAGAACAAAAUGGGGGAGGAAAUAAGCCAGAUAAAAUAGAUGGAAGUAAUGCAAUACAUGAUACAUUAAAUAUUGCCAUUGAAACUAUAGAAAACAAAAAUGAAGAAAACGAAACUGGAGGCCAAGAUGAGCAAGAAACUGGUGCCCAAGAUGAGCAACAUUGUCCAAGUGAAACAGAUAAAAAUGACACUUAUCAGAAUGCAAACACCAACCAGGCAGACGAUGAAGCCACUUUCUGUGAAAAGCAGAGCAGAGUUGAGCAUAAGGAGAACCAAGAUCCUACAAAUGUCUCCUUGUCCCAGUUAGAUGCCAACUGUUCACUAAAAAUGAAUGAAAGUGAUCCAUUAACUCAGUUGGCAAAAGACACAGUACAACAUGAAGAAAAACCAAUGUCAACAGAUUCGGAUGACAUUGGAAUGUCUGUGGAUGAAGAAAUGAGCAGUAGUAUCAAAGUUCCUAUUGUGGAAGAAAUAAAUAAUUGUGGCAUUUCUAGUAACUUGUCAUCAAAUGUUUCACAAGUUAUAAAUGAUUCUGAAAUGCAGCCUCCUUCUGAAGAACAAAGUAAAUCCCAAGAUCAAAUUAAUGAAUCAUCUGACAUGGAAAUAGUUGAUUCUGAGUCAGCCAUGAUAGAAGAUUCUAAAGACUGUGAAAUGGAGGAAUGAUCUUGUGAAUAAAACUUAAUUGCAGUAAAGAAAGUUCAAAGUAAUUAAAUAUUGAUGUAUAAAAAAGUUUUAUUGUAGUAUGGGGCUUUCUCGUCCAAAGUCUACAAUGAAUUCUUUGUUUAAUUCAAAACCUUUGAGGGACAUUUCAUGACCUACACCAUUUUUUUUUUUGUUGCAAAGUAUGGAAAGAUGUUUCUGGCUAGAAUGUUUGUCAGCUAUGGGGGAAAAAUGUGAAAUUUUGUGUUCCAGAAGCGAUGAAAUUACAUAUAGUUGAACUUAAUUCAGAGUACUAAUUUCAGAAUUUAGACAUUGAGACUUGUGAAAACUUGAAGCCUAAGCAAUAACCAGAACAAAUGUUUUCAAUUAAAUGUAGGUUAAUCCCAAAGUACGAAAGAGACUUUGAUAAGCAAGUGAUUUUUUUGUUUAUUUGAGCCCUUGAUGUAUUUCAAUAGAAGAAAAAUAUCAGUUCCAGCCUAAAGAAUUAUAGUGAAGACAAAUUAUCACCUAAAUAUAUUUUGAAUUUGAUACAUUAAUGAGGCCUUAUAUUGCCUGAACAAAAUCUUUAAUAAUAAAUCAUAUAGUCCCCAUCUUAUGUCUGUCUAUUGAUGGCGAGUUUAUAUGUCUAUUGAUGGCGAGUUUAUAUGGAUUGCCUGCAAUUUCAAAAUCCCAACAUCCAAUGGCUUACUUGGUCUGGAAAAUCAAAAUGAGCAUUUCCCAUUUAUGCCGUUUUAUCUUCUGUUAUAAGGGUUGUGGGGUCCCCCACUUCCUAUUCUCUUUUAAGUCCAGCAUUUACACACUUUCUGCUAAAGCCAUUUGUGUCAUGUAAGGCUCCACUAUAGUGCAGCAAAUUUCACUUCGAAUAAAGACUUGAAUGAA